GGCUGUUCGAUCUGGACGCCCUAGACACAUCUCUGCUCUGGCAAAUUCUGAAGCGAAGCGGCUUUCCAUGUUUCAGUGCAACAGGAAAGGGUUGUUCUGCUUCAUCUGGCGUCGAUGAUGAAGUGGAGAGAACAAGGGGGAACCAAGAUAAUGAAGAUUUAGGUCAACUACAACUACAGGAGCAGGGAAAUCAAGAUAGAGAUGUCGGCGCAGGUGGUGCUGCUAUCGUCAAGAAAAGUAAAGGUAACUUCUACUCCCCAAAUCCGAAACUCGAGUCGCAUGUCAGGUUGACUGAAAUGGCAAAAAGAAUUGCCGACGAGGAGACCAACACGGACCCACUAGAAAUAUCUGCCACAUUCCAGAAGAGUAUCCUGAGGUUUUGCGACAUUCAUAGGGUCUUACGCCCUGCUCUGCGACUCGUUUUGCGGCAAAAAGAAGCCUCAAGCUCAAGCAGUAGAGAGAAGUUAAAGAGAGCAGUCAUCACGUCUUUGUCGUAUUAUAUGCAAGCGCAUAAAAGCAGAAUCCCUCUUUCCGGACUGAUUGACAUUACCGAAGCGACGCUGGUGAACAUGCGGGACUCAUUGUUACUCCCACGUGAGGGUGAGGACGCUGACGCUGACGCAGGUAGUAAAGCUAAAUAUGGGAGCGUCGAUUCCAACGAACAAAACGAAGUAGAACUUCCUUUCAAGCUAAAUGAGUAUUCGGAGGACCCAGGUUUGCAAAUACGUAGGGUUCUCGUGGCUGAGAUCGCGCGGCGAGUAUCUACGGAACAAAGACUCCUGACCACUGACGGCCGCAGGCUCGACAAAAGGGUGGGACUACUUUUCGAAAAAAGAAAUGGAGAAUAUAUGCUCCAACGCCUCACAAAUCUUACCCUACAGCAUUACCUGCGCUUGCGUCAGUAUUGUUUAUCUGGAGGUGGUUCUGGUUCUUCUCGGGGACUAGACUCAUAUCAUGUUGAUAGUUAUGGCAAGGGGUCGGACAUGCUCGUCGAGGAUAUGCAAACCUUUCAAGAGAUCGUGCCCUUCUUAGCAAGAUCGCACUCGAGGGUACUUCGACGCGGUCAAGUCUUACAUUCGCCAGGCCAACUGCUUAGUAUGGUUCGACUGGCGCGAUUAACGGGCUAUCGAGAUGAGUACUUCUACAAAAUAGCGGCAAGAACUCAGCAGCUUGUAGUUGACAGCCGUGAAAGGCUUCAAGAAGAGCAAAAGCUGCAACUUCAUAGGGUGGACGAACGAGGAGGGGAUCAUGGGUUGGUUCCUAAACAAGUGACGGAUCGUCAUAGGCUGGCUGGUGUGGGAGGUGACCUCCACCAAAAGUCCUUUCAAGGACCAAAGGCUAGUUUGUAGACUUGUCCCGACUUGUCCCCGAACUACAAGAGAAUAAAGACGACCUCGUCUUCAAAAGAGAUGGGAGGGAGUCUAGGUCUGCGUCUGGAAGGAUCAGAAAUAGCUGUAAUUAUGCUGGAGAAGGUCAAUUUUGACAUCAAUGGGAAGGAGGUUACUUGUCCAUCAUCCUCAGUCUCAGUGGUGAAGCGACUGCGCAUGCGCAUCAAGUGUAAAAUUG